UGUCGUAACCAACCAGCUGAACGUCAAAUCAAAAGCGUAGUGCUAAAUAAUAUUAUUUAAAUUUAAUAUUAUUAUGGGUGACGAUAAUUCAAAUUCCAGUAAAAAAUGUGAUACAAAUAAGUGUAAUGUUUUAAUAAUUGGUGGCGGCAUGGCCGGUUUGGCUGCCGCCAAUGAACUUAUCAAAAAUGGUUUGGACGACUUUAGAAUAUUAGAAGCAAGGAAACGAAUCGGUGGUAGGAUUAUUUCUAUUCCACUAAAAAACCACGAAGUGGAGUUAGGGGCGAACUGGAUUCAUGGAGUUCUCGGCAACCCGAUAUUCGAUAUAGCUAUGGCUAAUGGUUUAGUGAACAUAAUAAAUAUACCUAAGCCGCACAAAGUGAUAGCGGCGACUGAGGAUGGCAAACAGGUGCCGUUUGGUGUGCUGCACGAGAUCCAUGAGGCGUACGUGGUGUUCAUGCGGCGCUGUGAGGAGUACUUCCUGUGCCAGUACCUGCCCCCGCCAGAUAUCCAUAGUGUAGGAGAGCAUAUUAACCUGGAGGCCACCAUAUACCUUGAGCGUCUUCCUGACUCUGAAGAGAAAAAACUCCGCCGGCUCAUAUUUGACUGCUUGUUAAAACGGGAAACAUGUAUAUCAGGUUGCAACAGCAUGGAUGAAAUAGAUCUUUUAGAAUUAGGCAGCUACACAGAACUUCAAGGUGGCAACAUCAUGAUUCCUAAAGGUUACAGCUCUAUAUUACAACCUAUGUUAAAAAAUAUUCCACCUGAAAAAAUAAUAUCUAAUCACCCAGUAAAAAAAAUUGUUUGGGAUUCCAACCAGCACAGUACGCGGCCUGAAGAUUUGGGAGAGGAGUCAGAAGACUCAGACCAGACAGUGAUAGAAGAUAUAACUAAGAACUCUGCCUCUGAGUCUAUGGUUAACCCUAGUGAAGGAAGUUUAAUGUCUGAAAAUGUGCACAAACCAAAGAAAAAAAAUGGACACUAUGUUGAAGUUACGUGUGACAAUGGAGAUACUUUUUUUGCUAAUCAUGUGAUAUGUACAAUACCUCUUGGUGUGCUCAAAGAGACUGCCAAGGAUCUCUUCCAGCCUUCGUUGCCUCAGUACAAAAUGGAGUCAAUAGAAAGACUGCUAUUUGGGACAGUCAAUAAAAUAUUUUUGGAAUAUGAGAGACCAUUCUUAAAUCCUGAUAUUACUGAAAUAAUGUUGUUAUGGGAGAGUCCGACGACACCUGAAGACAUUGCCGAGUCAUGGUAUAAGAAGAUUUACUCAUUUAGUAAAGUAACAGAGACCUUGUUGCUGGGCUGGGUGUCAGGGAGAGAGGCUGAAUAUGUGGAGACAUUGACUAUGGAUCAAGUUGCGGCAGCUUGCACAAACAUUUUAAGGAAAUUCUUGAAUGAUCCCUUUGUACCAGAGCCACAAACAUGUGUAUGUACAAGUUGGAACAAGCAGCCCUACACGCGAGGCUCAUAUACGGCUCUGGCUGUUGGUUCCAGUCAGACAGAUAUUGAGAGUUUAGCACAACCACUAUUCAGAAAUGUUCAUGAUAAAAAGCCCACGCUGGUGUUUGCCGGCGAGCACACGCACAGCAGCUACUACUCCACAGUGCACGGCGCCUACCUGUCGGGGCAGGCCGCCGGCCGCCGCCUGGCCGCGCCCGCCCCCGCCCCCGCCCCCGCCCUCGCCCUCGCCCCCGCCAGCCUGCUGGACGCCGCACGAGGGGCCGACCUCACCGCCUGGAUAGAGGGCAUACAACUGGGAUAAUCGGUAUCAAACAAAUUAAUAAUGCAUAAAUGACAGGUUAUGGGUAGAUUACAAAAUAAAUGUACACGUUAAGGACCUGUAAUUAGUCUUAAGUUUAUUGAUGACAAGCGGUUUGUGCCUAAUUUACAUGCGUGAAUAUGUGUAAUCUAUCUUGUGGCCUGAAUCUAAAACAUAAACAUAUACAUUGCCAAAGCAAGUGCUGCCAUCUACCGUUCGCGUACGUUUUCUUGUGCAGUAGGUUAAUUCUGCCAUAUUGUGGGCUACAUCGGAAGCAUAAACUUCACAUUUACGCCUCGCGACAAAAAUCUGACGGCUCCUGUGCUGCCCCCUAUAGUUCAUGCACGCUCCCUGUACGAUACAUUUUACAUUGUUAAUUUUCGUAACACAAUGGAAUCAAUUAACUUUAAUUGCAGGUCCUUAACUACAUGCGUAAUUUUUUUAGCAAUUCACCCUUAUGCCUUUAUUAAUUGACACUAGAAUAAUUGUUCCUAGAGGAGACAAGUAAAUAUUAAAGACUGCUUAUCGCAAUACUAAGUCCACUCGAUAGUCUUUGGACUCUCUACUAGAUGGCGUUGUAAUAUAAACAUAUUGAAAACUUGAUCAGUAAAAGCUAUCAAUUUUCUAAGGCCAUUUAAAGUCUUUAUUAUUUAACCGUGUCUGAUAAAAGUAAUGUUUGUAUUUACACCUAGCAUUGUUGAAUACUGUACAAAUCAAUAAAUUUGAUGGUACCCGACUAAUGAGAUUUAAGAGGCUUUUAUUAAGAUUAAAGCUUUUGAGUAAAAAAUAAUAAAAAAUAACAAGCCAAGACAAAAUGCUGCAAAAAUUGUAAACAAAUUGCAUUAAACGGAACAUCUGAUUGAAUCUAAAAAUGAUACAAUGAAGUUACCUUUGCCUUAAAAGAAAAUUCUUAAUAUUAAAAAUGGUGCAGUCAGAAAGGUUGUAUACAUCCUAUUUAUUUUAGUUAUAAUUUAUGUAGAAAUAAGUAGCAAUCAGAAGAUAUAACAAUAUUCUGUCUGUACCCUUAAUAAAAGCUGAAGCUAUAUUGCGGAAUGAAAAUGAACUGGAAAAUCCCUUUAAGGGAAAGCUUACACAUGUAUGUAUUAUUAUUAUAUCAGUGUAUCGUGCUCGCACAUAAGUGACCACGAUCAUUUACAUACCAUACCUUUUUUUAUAGCACAGUGCUACUACGUGGCUAAUUCAGGGAUGCUUGCUUAAUAUAACUUAACAUAAGAUCUUAUAGUAUGACGCAAAAAUUAUGAAUAAAAUAAAUGUAUCUAUAGGAUAAAGUAGCCUGCUCUCUAUGUUCUGAUUGUUUUGCCAGUCAAGUUAAUCUCUUUGUAGAUUUUUCUCGCAUUUAAAAAAAACAGUUGUCCUUACAGUUAUAAGUUGCGUAUCCGACACUAUUAAAACAGUGGAAGGACCCCUAACGUGGAAGUCCAAAAUAAUAAAAAUUCUAGAUAGCGUAUCUUUAGCACCUCGACGUAGCUCUAUGAUGUGACUAUACAGGGUGGCUAAAAAAUAUGUGCAUCCCCGUUGCCAGGGAUAUUUUGGGAUUAUACUGAGCAAAUUUUACUAUGGGACCAACCCCGAAAUCGCGAAAAAAAAUUUGGCUGUUUCGUACAUUUUGGCUGGUCCAUUUUCUAUGUGAGGAUAAAAAAUUUUUUCGCGAUUUCGUGGUUGGUCCCAUAGUAAAAGUUGCACAGUAUAAUCCCAAAACCACCCUGGCAACGGGAAUGCACAUAUUUUUUGACCAUCCUGUAUAAGUGUUGCUAACUACAUAAACUCUUUGGACACUACUUCGUAUGGAAAUGUUUCUUUAUUAUUCAACUAUUCUUUCAUAACUAGACAUCCCACCUAAGAAUUUAUUUCAUGUGUGUUGUUUACUUCUGAACUUCGUAUGAAAAUUGUGUUGUACACGUAUACUUAUUGUAUUAUCUGUCCACUGAAAUAAUGGGUAUUGUAUGUGUCUCUGUUCUGUUUAGAACCAUUCAAACCAUAUCCAUGAUUGUCUGAGGAAUGCAUUAGGUAUGCAGAGGCGUUAAGCAGUGCAAAGUAAAAUAUUGUACCUUCAAGCUUGACAGCUGAAGUAGAUGGCGCAGUACGGCCACGUAGUCCCCGUAAAUUUGUAUAGGUGCUGGCAAACAUCUUGAACAUGUGACCUUGCUUUUAAGUUCGUUUAAUCCUAUCAUUUUUUGCGCGACAGAGGUGGAAAUAUAGUACAACAAUGUAACUUUGUACUGUAUUUCCAUGUCUGUCGCGCAAAUAAUGAUAGAAUUAAACGAAUUUAAAGGCAAGGUCACAUGUUCAAGAAGUUUGCCGGCACCUGUAAGCAGCGAUAACUAGGUACUCACGUCUCAAGAUCUAUACUUAUUGUUUCACAAUCCAGUUACCACAAAGUGUGUAAUGGCGUAUCUACAGCGCCAUAGUGGCUACAUUUUGCACUACUUUACGCGACUUAGUAUUCCUUAUCUUAGUAUUUCUUAUACAUCCCUGUACCAAUGAGUUAAUUUUUAACCCUCGCGUAAUCAAGUAAUUUAUUAGCAUUAUUUUACAGAAUCUUUUGUAUUGUUACUUUCCAUAAUAUAAAAUUUU